AUGUCUUCUUGUGUAAGCGGCGGCACAGCGUAUACCUUUGAGUUGGAAAUGAUGAAGUCUCCACCGUCAAGAACCGCCUCAUCUUCACACAACACUCCUUCACCGUCAUCUACAAUCUCUGAGUCCAACUCUCCUCCGCUAACAAUCUCCACAAGAAGGCCAAGGACUCAACGGAAACGACCAAACCAGACUUACGACGAAGCGGAGGCUCUUCUCUCAACCGCAUACCCAAACAUCUUCUCAUCCAAGAGAAGAAAAUCUCCGUUGUUGAAUCCUCUGUUUCUCAAAGAUUACGAUGACGAAGCUUCUCAGUUACUUGUACCGUUUGAGUCAACCGAGGAGACACGUUUCUUGUUCAGUCCCACUAUACAGACAAAACCAUAUCACUUCUUGGAGAACAAGGAAGUCACUUACGACUCGAAGGUGAAUCAGUGUGGAAUAUUUGAUGACUUUGAUGCUGAGUCGAUUCUUGAUGAAGAGAUUGAAGAAGGGAUUGAUAGUUUUAUGGGAAACAUUGAAUCCAACGACGGAGAAUCUGGUUUUACUGGAAGUGAUUGCUUUAGAAUGGAUCCGUUAGAGGAUAUGAAGAGGCUUGUUUGGCACGGAAGCUCCCUGGGAUUGAAGAACUCUCUCCGGGAAUGCUACGAUGCGAGCUUGUGGACGUUUCCCACCGUGGAACUCGAACAUAUCUCGCCGAGAGUUCAGACUACUAUAACCACCGACGUGGAUAGUAGCAAGAGUGCGACGGUGGCGGGAGAAGAGAAAAAGAAGAAGACAAAGAAGAAGAAGAAGAAAGUGGCGGUUGAUUUAAAGAACUCUGAAGAUCUCAAUUCUAAGACGGAACAGAAGGUGAGUUCGUUCUUGAAGCUCGACUACGACGGGGUUUUAGAAGCUUGGUCGGACAAGGAGUUUCCUUUCUCCGGUGAGAUUAUGGGUUCGGAAGCUGCCGGAACCGACGUCCAUGCAAGGUUGGCUGAGAUAGAUUUGUUUGGAGAUAGCGGAGUGAGAGAAGCUAUUGUAUUAAGGUAUAAAGAGAAGCGGAGGAAUCGGCUCUUCUCUAACUCCAAAAGAAUUCGAUAUCAAGUCCGCAAACUCAAUGCUGAUCAACGACCCCGUAAUAAGGGACGAUUUGUGAGAAGGUCCAACCUAAGGAACCUUUAAGCCCUUUUAUUCCCUUCUCUUUAUUGUUGGAGACUUUCAGUUUGGCCAUUCACAAUCUUUGUUCUUACUUUUACUGACCCUUCUUGUUUUUUUG